GCAGUUUGGCGAUUUCUCACCGUGCCACUCAGGGUGUAUCCCGAUUUUCUGCUGCUGGGCGAGGUCCGAACUGGCACCACGUCAAUGGCAGCCCACCUUCGCAGCAUCGGCUGCAUUGGCCCAUUUUCCGCGUGGAUCCAUCCACUGGCCACUGAUAAGGAAUCCUUCUACUUCGCCGGGCACUACUUCGG